GUACUACUAUGAUUCUCUCUUUCAAAAUUUCACAUGGCAAAAUCCUAGAUCAUUCAAGUGUGUGCUGUACUUGAAUCACUUUAUUAAUUCCAUUUCAUUGAUUUCCCUGUCACCUCAUUUUCCAUGCGUUAACUUAUAUAUAAUUAUUAGCCACUUGUAUUCAUCAAUGAGUGAAUACAUACAAAAUAAAUACACUAUAUCUUAUCUAUGAAUUUAUGAAGCAUUGCAUUGCAUUACAAAUCAAUUACUAGUAUUAUAUGGGAAGCUACAGAGUCUGUGUGUGCUUCCGGCGGAGUUUCAAGUCUGGGGAGGCUAUGGUGUCUCAAGAGAUCCGGGAGCUUUUCAACAAGUACUCCGAAGGUGGGGCCCAUAUGACUCCGGACCAGCUCCGCCGCUUUCUCACGGAGGUUCAGGGGGAGGUAGUGGAUGAGGAGAGUGGUGAAGUUGACCCGCAAAAGGUGGUGGGGGAAGUUUUGCAAAAGAGGCAUCACAUUACGAAGUUUGCGAGGCAUAAUCUCACGCUUGAUGAUUUUCAUCAUUAUCUGUUCUCUACGGAAUUCAACCCUCCCAUUAGAUCUCAGGUUAAUCAGGAUAUGACAGCUCCAUUGUCGCAUUAUUUCAUAUAUACGGGCCAUAACUCCUAUCUCACUGGAAAUCAACUCAGCAGUGUUUGCAGUGAUGUUCCCAUUAUAGAAGCAUUGAAAAGAGGUGUGAGAGUUGUUGAGCUUGAUAUUUGGCCUAAUUCCACCAAAGAUGAUAUUCAUGUUUUACAUGGAAGGACAUUGACACCACCUGUGGAGUUGAUUAAAUGUUUGAAAUCCAUUAAAGAUUACGCUUUCGUUGCAUCUCCUUAUCCAGUAAUAAUUACUCUGGAAGACCAUCUUAAAGCAGACCUUCAAAAAAAAGCUGCUCAGAUGAUAACUCAAACAUUUGGAGAUAUGUUGUUCUGUCCAAAUGAUGAAAAUUUAAACAAUAUUCCUUCACCUGAAGAAUUGAAGCAUAGGAUCAUGAUAUCAACAAAACCUCCAAAAGAGUACUUAAAUUCCAAAAGUGUGAGGGAGAGUUCCAAACAGUUGCCGAAAUCAAAUUCAAAAGAUUCGGAUGAAGAUGAACGGAGAAAAGAAGUCCCUGAUGUUGUAAUUACACAAAAUGAAGAUGAUAAGGGUGACUCUGACACAAAUCAACUGAAUGAUGAUGACGAGGAUGAUGAUGUAUCAAGUGAUGAUGACUAUGAAUCAAAUCAAGAGAGUGAAUAUAAGCGUUUAAUUGCUAUUCAUGCUGGAAAACCUAAGGGAAGUCUUAAGGAAGCCUUAAAAGUUGAAGAUGAUAAAGUGAGACGCCUUAGCUUAAGUGAACAAGCUCUUGAAAAGGCUGCUGAGUCACUUGGAACUGAUCUUAUUCGGUUCACCCAGAAAAACUUUUUGAGGAUAUAUCCGAAGGGUACCCGGGUCACCUCCUCCAACUACAAGCCACUGGUUGGCUGGAUGCACGGUGCUCAAAUGGUUGCAUUCAAUAUGCAGGGAUAUGGCAAAAAUCUUUGGUUGAUGCAUGGAAUGUUCAGAUCCAAUGGGGGUUGUGGUUACGUAAAAAAACCCGACUUUCUUAUGAAUGUAGGUCCAAAUAAUGAGGUAUUCAAUCCUAAAGAUAAGUUGCAAGUGAAGAAGACUCUUAAGGUGAAAAUAUAUGUGGGAGACGGAUGGAGUAUAGAUUUCGACAAGACUCACUUUGACUCGUAUUCUCCCCCAGAUUUUUAUGUCAGGGUUGGCAUAGCUGGGGUUCCAGCUGAUGCAACAAUGAAGGAAACAAAGAUAAAAGAGGAUAAUUGGAUACCGACUUGGGAAGAAGAGUUUACCUUCCCUUUAACUGUCCCUGAACUUGCUUUGCUAAGAGUAGAAGUCCUAGAAUAUGACAUAUCGGAGACAGAUGACUUUGCAGGCCAAACUUGUUUACCAAUCACCGAACUAAAACAAGGGAUCCGCGCUGUUCCACUUUACGACCGAAAAGGAAAGCAGUACAAGUCAGUUAGACUUCUUAUGCGAUUCGAUUUUAUUUAAGCUCUCCUUCUGUACUUGAUGUACCAUUUCCUUCGUGUUUCAAUCCAGGUCCAACAGUACAUUUUUGAUUUUUCAUUCGGAGUUUGUAUAUGUUUUGUAACUUGUAAAUUAAAAAUAGUCAUAGGAUUAAGAAAGACAUCAUGUGUCUCAUUUGUAACCUUAAUGAAUUUUUUUAAAAAUAAA